UAGUAUCAUCAUGGAUGACAGACACCAUUACUGCUUUGACGAAAAGACAUGCUAGCUCAAAGCCAUGUGUAGCUUUCUACUCCGUAUGUAACCAACAUUAGUCCCUCCAUGUACAUAUACCCGGGCUCUCUCCCUCAAGCACAAACAGCAAGCAUAAAUCCAGAAGGCGGUGAACCCCAAGGCGGCGAGCGAGUGCGCGCGCGCACCGUGCACCGCGCUCCAUCUUUUUCUGCCGGCCUAUCCCGCGAUAACCCAAGAAAAUAAGCCUGCGCCUCAACCCAACCGCCGAGCAUCGCACACCCAAGUAAUCCUCCAAUCCUUCAACCUUCAACCUCGCACCACAACGAAACACUACCCACCCAGCAGUCCCAAUGCGCCUCGCCCGCCUCCUCCCGACCUCUCUUUUACCACCAGCUGUCCCAACAGCCCGUCCCUUCCCCACACAAUGCCUCCUCCGCACCCACAAUAACCCCCCGAUCACCAUCCGCCCGGGCAUCCUCUCCGCGGCGCACCAAACAAAAAGCCCAAUCCGGACCUUCACCACCACCCACCGCAAACCCUCCCCCUCCCCCUUCCGCCUAACCAGCACCCCGAGCCCUAAGACCCCUCCGCCCUCGACCGACGAAUCCCACGCCGAACAUGACCAUGCCCACGACCACAACAGCAAACACGCCUACUACAGCCCCUACAAACCCAAGCGCCAAUGGCCUCCGGACAUGUCGAAGCUCUCGCCGAAGCACCAGUUCCGGCUCGAGCGCAAGUACCGGCGGCGCGCGGCGCUGAAGUACGCCCGGCCCAAGUGGACCAAGUUCACUAAGUUGGUGCAGUGGUUUAGUAUUGGGUUUGUUCUGAUUUAUGCGAUGCUGUUUAUGGAGUGGGAUGAGAGGGGAAGUCCUUUUGAUGAGAUUCGGAAGGCUUUCUUUGGAGGGUUGAAGGGGGCAUUUUCCACGCCUGCGCCGCCGAGGCCCGUGAGGGAGGCCGCCGGGGAGAAGGAUCGAGAGUAAGUGGUUCUACCACCCAUGGCUGUGCAGCGGUUGCUAUACAUCGAGCGAGGAUAGAGCGGACUCGAAGAUGCGUGGAGAACAAGGCCUAGGACCCGCAUACUGUAUAUUACCCUGUCCAUGUACAAGAAAGAUAGAAUAAUAACAUCCAAGAAGACCUUAAGUACUAUACUGUUGGUCGUGAAAAGCGCGCAGCCCUAGCGUGUCUGUCCAACAGGAGAAAACGAUUGAACUGCCUGACCAUGCUCGCAAGGAAACGAAUACAAAAAAAAAGAACGUCAGAUGAUUU